AGUUUAAAGGGCAGAGUUGUAAAAACUCCCAGGCAGUGGGGAGUCGGAUUGCCUGACGACAGACUCCAAAAAAACACCACAAUUCCCUGAAGAAAAACAGCUAAUAUUGAUGCAACCUAAGUGGAAUAAUCUUUUCGAUAGCUAGGAACCGAAGCGGAAGCUACCAGGAGAGAAGAAAACAGAGCACAAGAAGAUUUUCCACCAGCACUUCCGAGUCCCCACUGAUCUCUACUGCCUUGGAGGUUUUUGCAGCACUCAACGAAAGCAGCUAUGCAGCUUGAAAUCCAAGUAGCGCUCAACUUCAUCAUUUCAUACCUGUACAACAAACUCCCGCGGCGGAGAGUCAACAUCUUCGGCGAGGAGUUGGAGCGGCAGCUGAAGAAGAAAUACGAAGGACACUGGUACCCCGACAAGCCAUACAAAGGAUCCGGGUUUCGGUGCAUCCACGUGGGAGAGAAGGUGGAUCCGGUCGUGGAGGAAGCAGCCAAAGAAAGCGGACUGGACAUCGAGGAUGUCCGCAACAAUUUGCCUCAGGAUCUCAGCGUUUGGAUCGACCCUUUCGAAGUGUCCUAUCAGAUCGGGGAGAAGGGAGCGGUUAAGGUGCUCUUCGUGGACGAUAGCGGAGAGAACGGCUCCGAGCUGGACAAGGAGAUCAGAAACAGUUUCAACCCGGAGGCUCAGGUCUUCAUGCCAAUUAGCGACCCGGUGGGCAUCUCAUCCGAGUCCAGCUCGCCGUCGCCUCCACCGUUUGGCCAGUCGGCGGCCGUCAGUCCAUCCUUCAUGCCGCGCUCCACCCAGCCUUUAACCUUCACCACCGCCUCAUUCGCUGCAACCAAGUUCGGCUCCACCAAGAUGAAGAACGGCGGCCGAAAUGGCGGCAAAGUCGCUCGCAGCUCUCCCACCAACCUGGGUCUGAAUGUCAACAGCCUCCUCAAGCAGAAAGCCAUCUCCAGCUCCAUGCAUUCGCUCUACGGCUACGGCCUGGGAGCUUCGCCUCCGCUGCAGAAAGCGUCUGCGCUCUCGCCCAACGCCAAGGAGUUCGUGUUCCCCAACCUGCAAGACCAAGGGAGCUCCGGAGGCGCGACGUUCCCGAGCGAAAACCCGCUCGGCCUCAGUCCUCUUCAGUACAGCAAUGCCUUCGACGUGUUUGCAGCCUACGGGAGCAUCAACGACAAGUCGCUCGUGGAUGGCUUAAACUUCAGUCUCAGCAACAUGCAGUAUUCAAACCAGCAAUUCCAGCCAGUCAUGGCUAACUAAUGAUUGUUGGCAAAAGGAAAACGAAUGGUGAAGACGCACAACUAUGGAUGUGGAAACCAAGAUCCCUAUUAGUCACUGAUAAGCGCAUGUGCCCAAGGGUUUUUGUUUAAAAAUUAUUUUAUUUUUUUUCUUCUCUCUCUCUCUCUCUCUGCCCCCCCCCCUCUCUCCCUCUCUCUCUCUGCCCCCUUGAGUUUGUACUAAAGCUUGUUACACACACACACGUCCGAGCUCGGUCAACAUGCGUCUGUUUGCUGUUCCUUUUUUGCCAAUAAAGCAAAAAAUGAUUUUUUUUUUUUACUACAUUUUGGAAGAAAACUACUCUAAAACAUUGGGGCGAAAAAAGAAA